UUGCCUCCACGUCACCAUUCAACUCGGCAGCCCACUUCCAUCUCUAUAUACAAAAAUCAUCUCCCCUUAGCUUGGUCUCAUCAUAGAUCAAAUCAAACCUUCCUCUCUUACACUCAGCUUCCAGUUCCAAUUCCAAAUAUCACCCACCACAAUUUCAUUUCCUUAAAAUCGUUUCCUUCAUCAUACAACAGGCUUUAUCUCGUCGCUUUUGUACAAAAAUAAACUCUAUGGAUAUCGCUGCGGUUCAAGGAGUGCGAACUCGGCCAUCAAUUGGCGGACCUUCGCCGGUGGAGCUUGAUUCCGGACCGGAAUUCAAGAAGUUAGGGUUUGUUAAGGCUACAAGGUUUAAUCAUGUUCGUGGCGUUAGAGCGAUGUCGUCGUCGUCUUUGAAGCCGGCCAAGACAAUGAAGACAAUGAAGGAGUCAUCGGCGUCGAUGAUCAAUGAAUCCACGGUUAUAUCUGGUAAUAGUCUAAAACACAUAGCUACAGUUGAAAAGUCAACCAACAUCUUGUGGCACAAAAGUUCGGUGGAUAAAAUUGAUAGGCAAGAGUUACUUCAGCAGAAGGGCUGCGUCAUAUGGAUUACUGGUCUUAGUGGUUCAGGAAAGAGCACUUUGGCAUGUGCUCUGAGUCGUGCCUUGCACUCAAGAGGAAAGCUAGCCUACAUUCUCGAUGGUGACAACUGUCGGCAUGGACUGAAUCGUAACCUUGGAUUUAAAGCAGAAGAUCGUGUUGAAAAUAUACGAAGGAUUGGGGAGGUAGCAAAACUCUUUGCAGAUGCUGGUGUAAUUUGCAUUGCCAGUUUGAUCUCUCCUUACAGAAAAGACCGAGAUGCUUGUCGUGCACUAUUUCCGGAAGGAGAAUUUGUUGAGGUGUUCAUGGAUGUCCCACUUCAACUGUGUGAGUCAAGAGACCCCAAGGGCCUUUACAAGCUUGCACGAGCUGGGAAGAUCAAAGGUUUUACUGGGAUUGAUGAUCCAUAUGAACCACCACUGAACUGUGAGAUAGUACUACAACAGAAGGAAGACAACUGUGCUUCUCCAUGUGAAAUGGCUGAAACUGUGAUAUCUUACUUGCACGUGAAAGGGUACCUUCAUGCCUAACUUGCUGAAGAGGUAUCAGUAAAUGUAAUCGAAGCCUAAGCCUAAGAUUAUAGAAAUUGAUUCUUUUCUACAGUAACAAAGCCGUUCCUGCAUUUGUAGUUCAACCAUAUAUGUGUCCUUAAAGUAGCAUAGUGUAUUUUGUAAUUCAAGCACCAAUUAAUAAGGCGGAUCCACAGGACAGGGAAUAGAUUUGUUUUGUGUCAUAUCCAUUUCAGAAUAGGAUUUGUCCCAAAGUCUGAGGUUUGCACUCAAUGCUUGUGCAUAAAGUUGCCUUUGGAUUUGUAGAGAUGCAUCAAAAUACUAGUGCUUGUACAUUGAUUCUACGUGGAUUCAUCUGGGUAUGAAAUGGAAAACUGUUAUUAUGAAUA